CAGGUAUAUAAUGUCCCAAGUAUUGCGUCCGAAAUUUAGUGGCUUUUCAACCAGUGGCUUUCUGAACACGUGAUAACUUGAAUAUCAGUUGUUCAAGUGUCGACAUUUAUUCCUUCAUUUGCUGUAAAAACUUAACAACUUCCUUUCUUGAUAUCCUAGAAUUUGUGUGCGAGGAUUAAACGCCAAGAGUUUGCAUUGCUUGAGGAAGAUACUUCUAUAUUUAAGAGAAGGUCCAGAAUUUAGCGCCGACAGAUUUCCAUAAUUUAUUGCCGAAAGAGUUAAAAUAAUCUAUUGCCGAAACAGUUCCAGAGUUUACUGCCAAAAGAGUUCCAGAGUUUGUUACAGCAAGUGUUCCACUGUGGUCGCUACAAUGGUCAAGGACACAGACAACUGCUGCAGCGAUCUGUGUGACGACUUCUGCCCCGACUGUGGGAGAAAGGAUGGCGUCAAACGACACUUUGGGAGCAUCCGCAACAAACUCAAAGGUAAUUACAGAGCUCUGUUAGUCUGAAACAUGAUUGAAUGCUUGGUCUUUCCGUCUGUCAUUGACUUACAUUCUGAUCCACUAAAUGUUAUUAAGAAUAGGCGUCUGUUAUGACUACGUCUUUCCUGACUGCUUCUGUCACGACUGCGUCUGUUAUGACUGCGUAUGUUAUGAUUGCGUCUGUUAUUACUGCGUCUGUCAUGAUUGCGUCUGUUAUUACUGCAUCUGUUACGUCUAACUGACCGGACCUGUCUCUCCAACAUAUUAAGAUGAUUUACACACAUUAAAAAAAAGAUUUACUGCAUUUCUCAUUGAACAUACUGACACGUUCAAGACGGUGUGUCACCCAAAGUGAGCCCUACUGACAUGUUCAAGACGGUGUGUCACCCAAAAUGAGCCCUACUGACAUGUUCAAGACGGUGUGUCACCCAAAGUGAGCCCUACUGACAUAUUCAAGAUGGUGUGUCACCCAAAGUGAGCCCUACUGACAUGUUCAAGACGGUGUGUCACCCAAAGUGAGCCUACUGACAUGUUAAAGACGGUGUGUCACCCAAAGUGCGCCCUACUGACAUGUCCACGACGGUGUGCCCCCCCACGUGCCCCCUACUGACACAUGUGCAUGACGGUGUGUCACCCAAAUUGAGCCCUACUGACAUAUUCAAGAUGGUGUGUCACCCAAAGUGAGCCCUCCUGACAUGUUCAAGACGGUGUGUCACCCAAAGUGAGCCUACUGACAUGUUAAAGACGGUGUGUCACCCAAAGUGAGCCCUACUGACAUGUCCAAGACGGUGUGCCACCCAAAGUGAGCCCUACUGACAUGUCCAAGACGGUGUGCCACCCAAAGUGAGCCCUACUGACAUGUCCAAGACGGUGUGUCACCCAAAGUGAGCCCUACUGACAUGUCCAAGACGGUGUGUCACCCAAAGUGACGCAUCAGUUUGACCAGUGGCGCAUGGCAGGGUUGGUGCCACCCGGGAUGGGGUCAAGCUUUUUACGGCACCCAUCCAUUCCACGAAAAUAAACUGUGCGGUUGGUUCCAAGUGCCGCCCCUGAAUAUUAGGAAAAAAAGGGGGGGGGAUAUAUGCCAACCCUGGUGGCCCGCCACCUCCGCAUCACCUUCCUACGCCAAUGUUUUAUUGGUGUGGUGCAACAUUUUAAUACAAUGAAAUGAGAACGAUCCAAAAUAAAAGAAAAGAGAGGCGUGGGGCGGCCGGGGAGGGGGGGGGGGGGGAGGGUAUGAGGGUAGCAUGGACCAAANCGCAUCACCUUCCUACGCCAAUGUUUUAUUGGUGUGGUGCAACAUUUUAAUACAAUGAAAUGAGAACGAUCCAAAAUAAAAGAAAAGAGAGGCGUGGGGCGGCCGGGGAGGGGGGGGGGUGAGGGUAUGAGGGUAUCAUGGACCAAACUACGCUAUCUCCAUCAGAAGUUCUAACAAGUGGCAUGGAGGCAGUUUUGGAAAAGCAACGUCCAACCUAUUUAUUUAUUUAAUAUUCCAUGGUCUGAGUUAGUCAUUGGUGUUGUUUUUUUUUAGUGUGUGGUAAACUAAGAAGGCUGCGACUAUUCGUAUCCGGGUACCAGAAGUGAGAGGUUGGGAUUAAAAAAAAACGAUUUAAAAUAUUUUUGCUGGGUUUGUAAGACAAAAUGAGGCAUCAAAUGAGGGAUAAUUGAAUGGAGUCAAUGGUACCCGGGUGCGAAUAGCGGCGCUGCGUGUCUGGGUCCAUUUUGACUCAGUGCUAUUCGGGAGUCAUUUGUGGUAGUUUAUUUAAAUUAAACUGAAGAAUUAAGUUUACAAACAUAUAGUUCAUUCAAUUAUCUUUCCUUUGAUACCUCAUUUUGUCUUAAAAACAUAAAAAUAGUAUUUUAAAUCGUUUUUUAAUCCCAACGUCUGACUUCUGGUACCCGGGUACGAAUAGCCACUUCGAACUAAGAAAGGUUUGAAAACCGAUGACCUAGAAAUCUUUUAUUCUAGUUUGGGAAAUCCAUCCGACAUUUUUACAUAUAACACCCAAUAGACCCCGACGUGACCAGAACUGAGUGUGCGUCAUCACAAAAACCAGAUGUCACGCGCCGCUGAACCGAAAACUAAUUUUGAAAAACUUUCUCUUUGUACUCUGUGAUUUCCCGGUGAAACUAGGACUUGAUGACGUCAAUCAGACUUGAAAGCCAUAAUGUAUCAUCUGUUUAUGUUAAUCUACUCCAUUUGUGGAGACUGCAGGUGCGGCUUGGCAUUACAAGGGCGAUGUCGUCCUAGAACCGGGUUGUUGUUUCUUAUUAGCAUAUACGUUAGGGGUCGGCUCUCUUUUUCUAUUAUGUACGGGAAGAAUGACAUUUGGGUCUGUCUACCACGGUAAUAUGUGAAGAAUGACAUUUGGGUCUGUCUACCACGGUAAUAUGUGAAGAAUGACAUUUGGGUCUGUCUACCACGGUAAUAUGUGAAGAAUGACAUUUGGGUCUGUCUACCACGGUAAUAUGUGAAGAAUGACAUUUGGGUCUGUCUACCACGGUAAUAUGUGAAGAAUGACAUUUGGGUCUGUCUACCACGGUAAUAUGUGAAGAAUGACAUUUGGGUCUGUCUACCACGGUAAUAUGUGAAGAAUGACAUUUGGGUCUGUCUACCACGGUAAUAUGUGAAGAAUGACAUUUGGGUCUGUCUACCACGGUAAUAUGUGAAGAAUGACAUUUGGGUCUGUCUACCACGGUAAUAUGUGAAGAAUGACAUUUGGGUCUGUCUACACGGUAAUAUGUGAAGAAUGACACUUGGGUCUGUCUACACGGUAAUAUGUGAAGAAUGACACUUGGGUCUGUCUACCACGGUAAUAUGUGAAGAAUUACAUUUGGGUCUGUCUACACGGUAAUAUGUGAAGAAUGACAUUUGGGCCUGUUUACCACGGUAAUAUGUGAAGAAUGAAAUUUGGGCCUGUCUACCACGGUAAUAUGUGAAGAAUGAAAUUUGGGCCUGUCUACCGCGUCAGCAUGUGACCAUUACUAAUGAUGCUGUUAUGUGGUCUCUGUGACCGUGAAAAUGUCUUUAAUUAAGUUCUGUUUGCCCGUGUAUCGGCUGUUUAAAGUAGGUCAGCUAGUUCCUGGCAGAUCAACUAAGUUUUGAAGGUGAUUUGCAAUAAUUAUAAUUUAAGUUUAUUUCAGCAGAGACGAGAAUGUAUGGACAUACAAGUUGUACUUGUAAAUCAUUGACCAAAGUGGCUUUUAAAUGUUGCGUUGUGGUCAGAAGAUAUUCUCAAACGAAAUUUCUUCCGUUUUCCAUAACAUUGCGAUAGAUGGGCUGUACAUAACAUUGCAUGAGAUGGGAUGUACGCUACAUUGCGAGAGAUGGGCCGUACAUAACAUUGCGAGAGAUGGGCUGUACAUAACAUUGCAUGAGAUGGGAUGUACGCUACAUUGCGAGAGAUAGGCUGUACAUAACAUUGCAUGAGAUGGGAUGUACGCUACAUUGCGAGAGAUAGGCUGUACAUAACAUUGCAUGAGAUGGGAUGUACAUAACAUUGCAUGAGAUGGGAUGUACGCUACAUUGCGAGAGAUGGGCUGUACAUAACAUUGCAUGAGAUGGGAUGUACGCUACAUUGCGAGAGAUGGGAUGUACAUAACAUUGCGAGAGAUGGGCUGUACAUAACAUUGCAUGAGAUGGGAUGUACGCUACAUUGCGAGAGAUAGGCUGUACAUAACAUUGCAUGAGAUGGGAUGUACGCUACAUUGCGAGAGAUAGGCUGUACAUAACAUUGCAUGAGAUGGGAUGUACGCUACAUUGCGAGAGAUGGGCUGUACAUAACAUUGCAUGAGAUGGGAUGUACGCUACAUUGCGAGAGAUGGGCUGUACAUAACAUUGCAUGAGAUGGGAUGUACGCUACAUUGCGAGAGAUGGGCUGUACAUAACAUUGCAUGAGAUGGGAUGUACGCUACAUUGCGAGAGAUGGGCUGUACAUAACAUUGCAUGAGAUGGGAUGUACGCUACAUUGCGAGAGAUGGGCUGUACAUAACAUUGCAUGAGAUGGGAUGUACGCUACAUUGCGAGAGAUGGGCUGUACAUAACAUUGCAUGAGAUGGGAUGUACGCUACAUUGCGAGAGAUGGGCUGUACAUAACAUUGCAUGAGAUGGGAUGUACGCUACAUUGCGAGAGAUGGGCUGUACAUAACAUUGCAUGAGAUGGGAUGUACGCUACAUUGCGAGAGAUGGGCUGUACAUAACAUUGCAUGAGAUGGGAUGUACGCUACAUUGCGAGAGAUGGGCUGUACAUAACAUUGCAUGAGAUGGGAUGUACGCUACAUUGCGAGAGAUGGGCUGUACAUAACAUUGCAUGAGAUGGGAUGUACGCUACAUUGCGAGAGAUGGGCUGUACAUAACAUUGCAUGAGAUGGGAUGUACGCUACAUUGCGAGAGAUGGGCUGUACAUAACAUUGCAUGAGAUGGGAUGUACGCUACAUUGCGAGAGAUGGGCUGUACAUAACAUUGCAUGAGAUGGGAUGUACGCUACAUUGCGAGAGAUGGGCUGUACAUAACAUUGCAUGAGAUGGGAUGUACGCUACAUUGCGAGAGAUGGGCUGUACAUAACAUUGCAUGAGAUGGGAUGUACGCUACAUUGCGAGAGAUGGGCUGUACAUAACAUUGCAUGAGAUGGGAUGUACGCUACAUUGCGAGAGAUAGGCUGUACAUAACAUUGCAUGAGAUGGGAUGUACGCUACAUUGCGAGAGAUAGGCUGUACAUAACAUUGCAUGAGAUGGGAUGUACGCUACAUUGCGAGAGAUGGGCUGUACAUAACAUUGCAUGAGAUGGGAUGUACGCUACAUUGCGAGAGAUGGGCUGUACAUAACAUUGCAUGAGAUGGGAUGUACGCUACAUUGCGAGAGAUAGGCUGUACAUAACAUUGCAUGAGAUGGGAUGUACGCUACAUUGCGAGAGAUGGGCUGUACAUAACAUUGCAUGAGAUGGGAUGUACGCUACAUUGCGAGAGAUGGGCUGUACAUAACAUUGCAUGAAAUGGGAUGUACGCUACAUUGCGAGAGAUGGGCUGUACAUAACAUUGCAUGAGAUGGGAUGUACGAUACAUUGCGAGAGAUAGGCUGUACAUAACAUUGCAUGAGAUGGGAUGUACGCUACAUUGCGAGAGAUAGGCUGUACAUAACAUUGCAUGAGAUGGGAUGUACGCUACAUUGCGAGAGAUAGGCUGUACAUAGCAUUGCAUGAGAUGGGAUGUACGCUACAUUGCGAGAGAUGGGCUGUACAUAACAUUGCGAGAGAUGGGCUGUACAUAACAUUGCAUGAGAUGGGAUGUACGCUACAUUGCGAGAGAUAGGCUGUACAUAACAUUGCAUGAGAUGGGAUGUACGCUACAUUGCGAGAGAUAGGCUGUACAUAACAUUGCAUGAGAUGGGAUGUACGCUACAUUGCGAGAGAUGGGCUGUACAUAACAUUGCAUGAGAUGGGAUGUACGCUACAUUGCGAGAGAUAGGCUGUACAUAACAUUGCAUGAGAUGGGAUGUACGCUACAUUGCGAGAGAUGGGCCGUACAUAACAUUGCGAGAGAUGGGAUGUACAUAACAUUGCGAGAGAUAGGCUGUACAUAACAUUGCAUGAGAUGGGAUGUACGCUACAUUGCGAGAGAUGGGCCGUACAUAACAUUGCGAGAGAUGGGAUGUACAUAACAUUGCGAGAGAUAGGCUGUACAUAACAUUGCAUGAGAUGGGAUGUACGCUACAUUGCGAGAGAUGGGCCGUACAUAACAUUGCGAGAGAUGGGAUGUACAUAACAUUGCGAGAGAUAGGCUGUACAUAACAUUGCAUGAGAUGGGAUGUACGCUACAUUGCGAGAGAUGGGCCGUACAUAACAUUGCGAGAGAUGGGAUGUACAUAACAUUGCGAGAGAUAGGCUGUACAGAACAGUGCGGGAGAAAUGUUACUUUUACAAGAAAGUUAAUUUUACAGCAAUCCAGUUUUUGUUCUAACUUAACCCCUUGAGCUGAUGAGUGAUACACGAUCGUUUUUCAUUCAAUUUAGUUUAAACUCUUUUAAUGCGUGAGCACCUAUUGACUUUCUCUUAUUGCGUUACAAAUAGACAAUAGAGUACUGUAAUUAAGUCAUUUUUAAUGUCAUUGAAAGGAUACGUCACCAUAUUGAUAUUGUAGAAGCUGCAGUUAAAUUACGUAAUUCGCUAACAUUAUUCAAAUGAUACAUUUGAUGAAAAUCUUUAUUUUUUAUAAAGUUUCCAAGCUGACUCUCGUACACACGUUGACAUAUGACACACAUGACACGUGUGGACACAUGAAAAACACACAAGGACACAUAACAUGUUUGCGCACACAUUGCACAGACAAUGACAUUAUAAAAUUAAAUUUAUUAAGACAAAUUAUCAUUCGUAUGGUCCUCCAGGUUUCAAGACAAGAAUCCAGAGUUUCCGACACGUCUCGGGUCACACAAGUUUGAAUUUACUUGAGGACCAUGGAAGCUGUGAUUUUGAUGAGAUGAACAAUGUUACCGGUAGGUUUAUUAGUAAAGUAUUUUGAAAUAGCAGAAUUUGACAAUUCAUUGUUUUAGAUUUGGACUCCUGGUCCUAGUGGAUUUCCAUUUUUAUUCUUCUAUUAGUUUCAUAAAUGGCAUUCUAAAGGUCAUUAUUAAAAAAAAAUAUAUGAAUUAUAUUUGCACAAAGGAACCAGCUACAGAGUCUCACAGACGGAUGAGUUUUUAGGAGCGUCGACCCAGACAGCCCCCCAGUCAGCAAAACUUGUACCCUGCAGAGCCCAAGAAACAUCACAGUCUCACCUGAGCCGAAAGAAGCGAGUUUGGGAAGGACUUAGUGAUACAGUAGACAAGGAAGACCACUCUCUCGAAUUCCCCGAAACUCUCACAGACUGCGCGUCCAGCGAAACCCCCAACACUCUCCACCCCUCAGAAAGAGUCGCAUCCUUGUGGGACGAUGUUUUUGACAAUGACGUCAGCGGCGUUGGCCAGGAAGAGAGCGGCGGUCUUUUCUGUAACUUGCCAGAUAGGCUGAGUGUGGGCCAGGUGUUUGAGAGGUUGCGCAAGCUGUCGCUGGACGAAACCUUGAGAGUCGGUCUGAACAAGGAGAACAAGAAGGAAAAUGGAAACAGCGGUGUUGAAACGGGUCGAAUAUCCGACUUAUGGGACAACGCAAAUAUACAAGCCAUGUUGUCCUUGUGUGGUCAUGGUAGCGAGGCAAGAGAAGAACUACAUAGAGUUGAAUGAUAUGAUACAAAACACGACGCCAGCUGAUGUUGGACACUUGGAGAGCUAAGUCUUUCGUUGAAUUCUGAAGCGCUUAUACAUAUGGACGUGCUGGACAUUUUUAUAUGAAGAUGGCGCCUCCUGACAAAUGAAGGGUCCGUUAAUUGUUGAAUAUUUUAAGACCUGCCUCUGUUAAUAUCUUUUAUUAGGUAGACUCUUAUUGUGAUACUACUUUCCGUGACAUAUUUCUACUUUGAAAAGAGAUUUUUGCAUUUGAUGAAGUCUAGUCUCAUGUUUUGAACAACACUCCUAGACUAUAGCAGACGUAUUUUGUGUUUUAGAUGACAAUCUUCGACGACUUAUUUAAUGUUAGCUUCUUUGUUUGCUCACAUUUUAUGAUUUUUUCGUUUGCAUUUAAGUUUCUUUUAUUAUAAAUCUAUGUUUGCUAUUGUUGUAUAUACUAGAUUUAAUUCCAUAAAAAUGUGUAAAUGAAUUUACAAAUGGAUAUUACAUAUUUUAAAAAAAAAAUACUUUGAAGCGUAUUUUUAUGUAACGUUCCUGGGUUUAUGUAUUUAAUUGAACUGUGAGAUCGAUAAGAUUUGUGUGAUUUUUAUAUCUCUUUGUUCACACAGUUUAACCACAUGCAUAUUUGUUUUUUUUUAACUUUGUCAUUGUUGUGUUUGACAAUACACUCAAAAUAAAGUUAUUAAAAUUGCUAACUGACCUCCAAAUUGUUUGUCUGAAUUCCUUCAUCGCAGAUACUUAAGACGGGCCCGUUCGAGACGAAUGUUUCUCUCAGGACGAGGACUGAAAGAUAUACAAAUUGUUACGUUCCCCAAUCUGUACGCAUUUACCAGCGUGCUCCCCCCUGAAGUCACAUACCUUACUGAGAGCUAACAAGUCCCUAAGAUAAUUCACUGAAUGGCUGUUUUUUUUCACUAGCGAAAUAAUUUAAUGUAGAUGUCUUGUGUUCAAAUUGUUUUAUUUAUGUGCUGAAAAUGUACAAUGCAAUUUAAAAAAAAAAUAUAAUUUCCAUUUGUUCGUAUCAAUAAAAGAAUCAUAUCUUCUGUUAUCUU